AUGACAAAAUUUGAACAUCUUCCAAAUGAACUUGUACUGGAUAUAUUUACAUAUCUUGAUUCAUAUGAUUUAUUUGUUUCAUUAUUUAAUCUUAAUAUACGUUUAAAUACUCUUAUUUAUGCUCAACCACUUAGUAUUAAUUUAGGUAAUUCAUUAUCAAAAUAUUUACUUGAUCGUUAUUAUCAAUCAGUGUUAUCUCCUGCUCGUAAUCAAAUUCAUACUUUAAAGUUAUCUGAUACGUAUGAACGAAUGAGUAAUUUUCUUAAGAAUGAUAAUCAAAUACAAAUCGAUUUUGAAACAAGAAAAUUUAUUCUUUCUCAAGUGAAAUCCUUAAUUUUAUGUAAUCCAAAGACAACAAGUCUUAAUCGAGUUUUAAAAUAUGUAAGCAAUAUAGAACAUAUAUGUAUAUCAAUAGGGCAACAAACUCAAAGUACGUCGAAUUACCAAGGAUUGUUUAAAUCUCUUUUUAAAAUGAAAUCACUUAAACGAUUAUGCCUAGAUUUAUAUGAUGCUCUUAUAAUUGAUGAUGAUAUAGACGCAAGUAUAUCACUGACAGAUAUGACAUUGACAAGUUGCUAUAUACAAGAUUUAGCUCAACUUCUUCGUCGAAUGCCUAAUAUUCGAAAACUUCAUAUCACAUGUUAUAAUCGACGAAAUUCUCUUACUAAUGAUGAUGAUAAUUUUGAUUAUUCUUUAAUUGAUGGACUUGGUGAUUAUGUACCAUUCUUAACAGAUUUAAAAUUAAAGGUUAUGUUUAUAUCAUUUGAAAAAAUUGAAGUUUUUCUUCAACAAUUAUCACAACUUACUAAAUUAACAUUUUCAUCAAUAACAUUGGAAAAAUAUUCUAAUGGAUUAACUUGGGAACGAAUUAUUAAUAAUUAUUUACCAAACUUAGAAAAAUUCAGUUUAUUUCUCGAUGAAACAUAUAUUUUUGAAGAUACUCUUGUAGAUUUAAAUGAAAUAAUUCAAUCAUUUAAUAGUAGUUUUUGGCAUCGAUGGCCGGUUGUUAUUGAAUAUUAUGUUGAAGCAACAGAUAAGAAAUGUCUGAUAUUAUAUACAUUACCUAUACAAGAAAGUAAUUUACGUACAUAUUUGUAUGGAUUAGAAAUUCGAAAGAAUAUUGAUGAAUAUAAUCAGAAUAUUGAAAAAUCAUAUUAUAAUAAAUUAAAUCAACUUAAUUUUAUUUUUCACGAAAAUCCUUCAUCAAGAAAUCUUUUACCAACACGUAUUUAUUCAAAUCUUGAAACAUUUACAUUUUCAUUUGAAUUAAUUAAUCCAACAUCAUAUGAAAUAGAUUCGAUUUUAAUUAAUUUUCAACAAGUUUUUUCAACAUCUGUACUUUCUAAGAUUGAAAGAAUUUAUUUCUAUGAUCGAAUUUAUCCAACAAAUUUUGUCUCGAAAUUAUUGAAUUUAUUACCAAAUAUUGUUGCACUUCACAUACCAGCAUCAUCACUUCAUCUCUCCACUACUCUACCUCUUCUUGUAACUUUAACGAUCGAUUUCAAUUCAACAAUUGAAUGUUAUUCAACAGAUAUUCUUCGUCAAGUUGCCACUCAUUUUCCUGACAUACAUCUUCUUUAUUUUGAAUCAGUACAUUCUCAAGAUAUUUAUAUUCUUCUUUCAUAUUGUCUUCGAAAAUUUUCACAUCUCUCAUAUUUGAACAUAAAAUUCGAUCAAACUAAUUCUCAUAUAGAUCGACAAACAUUUAUUUUAUGGUUUAAUGAUUACAAACAAUUAAAUGGAUUGAGUGAUAAUGUACAAGUUGAAUUUAAUGAUCAUAACAAUAUUUUAGAUAUUUCGUGGUAA